AUGUGGCAGUUUGUUUGUUUUUUCCCUCAACUGUUCAUCGUCCUGAGUUGUUCUGACAACAUGCAAGUGCAUAAUCCGCUCAUUGCGGGAAUCAUCAGUCCAUCAUCAGCAACUACAAUGGCCGAUACAGACAAACUUUCGCUUGGUCUCGACGACAUCAUUCGUAAAGAUCGUUCUUCGAAUCGACGUGGUGGCAAACAAGGAUUUCGUGGACGUGUUGGUGCUCGUCCUACCCGGGGUAUUGGUCAGACGAGUGGAUUUCGCACCCGUGGAGGCGGUGGAUUGCCUCGAACAUCAAAUGCGCCAGCAGGACGUUGGAAACAUGAUCUGUUCGAAGAUAAUUCAAAUCGCGGUCGUGGUGGACAACGUAGUAGUGGUGUGAAUAGUACAACGAAACUAUUGAUUUCUAAUCUCGAUUAUGGUGUGACCACCAAUGAUGUUCAAGAAUUAUUCGAAGAUAUUGGAGCUGUUCGUAUAGCACGCGUACAUUACGAUGAAAGUGGUCGCUCUUUAGGCACAGCUGAAGUUGUUUUUGAACGUCGUGUUGAUGCAACAGCUGCUCUUCAAAAAUACAACGGAUUGAAUCUUGAUGGUCGACCUAUGGAUAUCAAAUUAGUCGGCGGUGUUGAUGAUGGAUCGCAACAAUCGAUGAACCAUGGUUCGUAUUCAAAUGGAGUCGGUGCUGGUAAUCAAAGAUCAGGUUUUCGCAAUAAUAAUCAACAAAAUGGCAACCGUGGUGGAAUGAAUCGAUCACGUGGCGGUGGCAGACAACAACAACAACAACAGCAACAACAGAAUGGUAAUGCCAAGAAAAGCAAUGUAACUGCUGAAGAUCUUGACGCCGAACUCGACGCUUAUCGUGCUGGAGGUGCACCGAAGAAAUGA